CAACAAAAAAAAUCUACGUUUCCGUUUCCAGCCGGACGAAUGAUCGGGACGCACAACAACAAAGCACUUGUCCCUUUAAACGAAUAGCUGGUGUUUUUAAAACAUUUUCUUCAAGUAUAAGAUUUAUAGGCGUAUAGAUGUCUGAUUCACAAGCACAAACCAAACCAUCUGAGGAGGAACCUGAGACACCUGACCACGAGGCCGAGUCAGACAGCAGCGAGGAAGGUGACGCUUCUGGAGACAGUGAAAUGGAUUUCUUGCGUAGUCUCUUCUCUCGGACUCUGGGCCUGAGCCCUGCAGAGAAAGUCCUCGAUGAACUGAGCGUUGAAGCAGUUGCUCGUUAUAUGCAGAGUGGAAAAUGCAAGAACGUGGUCUGUAUGGUUGGUGCAGGAAUAUCAACCUCGGCCGGCAUCCCUGAUUUCCGCUCUCCUGGAACCGGUCUGUAUUCCAACCUGCAGAAAUACAAUCUGCCGUACCCCGAGGCCAUCUUUCAGAUCGACUACUUCAAGAAACAUCCAGAACCUUUCUUUGCUUUGGCUAGAGAGCUUUACCCAGGACAGUUCAAGCCCACCGUGUGCCAUUACUUCAUAAGGAUGCUAAAGGAUAAAGGCCUUCUCAGACGCUGCUAUUCACAGAACAUUGAUACUUUAGAGAGAGUGGCUGGACUGGAAGGAGAGGACCUGAUUGAAGCCCAUGGAACCUUUCACACUUCACACUGUGUGAGUUUCCUCUGCCGGAAGGAGUACAGCAUGGAGUGGAUGAAAGACAAGAUCUUUUCUGAGGACAUCCCUAAGUGUGACGCCUGCAACAGUCUGGUCAAACCUGAUAUUGUGUUCUUUGGUGAGAAUCUACCAGCUCGGUUCUUCAGCGCAAUGAAAAAGGAUUUCCCUCAGUGUGAUCUUCUUAUCAUAAUGGGCACGUCUCUGCAGGUUCAACCCUUUGCGUCUCUUGUCAGCAGAGUCCCUAAUAGCUGUCCUCGGCUUCUCAUCAACAUGGAGAAGGCAGGACAGUCUGAUUUUGCAAUGGGCUUGCUGGGAUUUGGAGGUGGAAUGGAUUUUGAUUCAGAUAAAGCCUACAGGGAUGUUGCACAUUUGAGUACGUGUGAUGACGGUUGCUUGGCUCUAGCAGAGCUGUUGGGCUGGAAGGCUGAACUAGAGGAGCUGGUGAAGCGCGAACACGCUCUUAUUGACAGCAAAGAUGCAAAAAAGAAAGGUGAACAGACGACUAGGAGCUCAGCGGCUCCCGAAAAAGAGGUCAAUAAUGCAGAGACAGAGAAGACAAAGUAAUCAGCCGGGGAGUAAAAUGAAAAAGGAAUAAAUUCCAGUCUUUUUUUUCUCAAA